AUGGCAGAACCAACGUCGCUCCCCUUCCGAGCCGCACACUCACUGGGCUUCAUGGGUACGUGUUUGCCGCUGCACCCACGCUUUACCUUCCCUCCAUCUAACUCACUUCCGCAGNUCUUGGGUGCCUCGCUAUUUGACGUCUUGACAAAGCUCAAAAGCGACACACGCACCUUUUCCAAGAUCGACCUGACCUUUUCGUCCGAAACUCCUCUCAAGACAACCAUCAUCGUCAGCCUUCCCAAGAAUGGCUUUAGACUUCGCUUCGACGCUCCAGACCAGCGAUUGCGCCUGAUUGAAAUCACCGACUUCACCCGCAUGCUUUUUACCUUCAAAGGCGGAGAGCUUGUUCCUGCACAGUCUUUGGCAAACGGCCGAAGCUAUCUGACUUAUAAGAGGGUCUAUCAGCUGUUCGGUCCUACAUACCCCGGCGAGUAUAUUCGUCUGAAACACGACCCCAAUAUGGGGCUCUAUGUCCUCUCAUGGCCUGGCUUGUCUGUCACCUUCCCUAUUCCAGUCGCUUCCUUCACCCCGAACAAGGACUACGCAGCCAUGCUUACCGCCUCGGCAUCACCAGCCACAGCCAUGGCAAUCUACGAAGGCAGGUUUUGGCCCGAAGUUCGCAAAGAUCUCUUUACCCAUGUUCCAGCCAAUCCUCGGAGUUCAUCACUAUUGGGACGACCAAAGGAAGGUCCGGCCGACGAGGUCGAGCAUGUGAACAUAUACGGCGCUGGGAGAGUUGAGCUUCUGCGACGCUCCGGCUCAAAGACCCCUAUCAUCCUGAGUCAGACCACGCCUCAAGAUCUUGUCACUGAACUGGGUCCACCAGAUGCUGUUAUGCCGCGUUCCAGUCUAAACGAUGAUCCACCAAACAGAGUCGCCCGCAACCGCGCAUACAGCAUCAACGGUCCCAACCGUGUUGCACCAAAUUCGCACGGUUCCUACAGUUCAAACCCUUCCAGUUACUCGUCUACCAACACCGACACGUAUGAGACUGACUUCGAUGACGACGAAGAGGCCAACGGCGCGGAGGCUAGCCAGGCCAACGAACAGCAGUACUACUGCUAUUUUGAGCACGGGUUCGACAUCCUACUCGGUCCGCCAGUUGAUAUCUCCCUAAUGCCCAAGGAUGCGGAUGAAGGUAACGAGGCUCUCCGGUCGACCUUGACAGCAAUUGAUGGACACCUCACCGUCACGCAGAUAAUAUUCCAUGGUAAUAUCCCAGGCUCUUAUCCUUUCAAUCGCCAUCGCAGGAGCAGAUGGUCUCUGAAUUACAUACCAUCUUGCGAGACACCCGUCACUUCCGAGUCACUGUUUCCGUCAUUCCACCAAACACUAGUCAAGAGCUUCUCUCAUAUAUGGCCUGCGUCAGACAUGUCGGAGGGUAUGGUCAUCGUACGCAGCUGGGGCGGCGACGCAGACAGCAUGACCGGCUCUGCCAUUCUUAUUAAUGGCGAAAUGGACAUGGAGGACGAUAUGGAGUUCGUCAAUGGCUCCGACGGCUGGGAGCGUGAGAAGAAGGACGAGAACGGAGAUGAGCGAUGGCUGCGGAACACGAAGCUCUACAAGUUCCCUGGCCUCAUGUUCGAGGUCAUGCACAACGGUGCUGUCAGCGCGUUGACGGUUUGCUGA